AUGGAGGAGGAGAGGGAGGGCGCCGAGGAGCAGCAGGGACUCUUCUACCGACAGAGGCUGAAGGCUGCGGUCCACUACACCGUGGGCUGCCUGUGCGAGGAGGUGGCCUCGGACCAGGAGGUGCAGCUCAGCAAACAGACCAUCGCGGCGAUUUCGGAGGUGACCUUCCGACAGUGCGAAAGUUUUGCCAAAGACCUUGAAAUGUUUGCAAGACAUGCGAAAAGAAGCACAAUUAACACGGAAGAUGUGAAGCUCUUAGCCAGGAGGAGUAAUUCACUGCUAAAAUACAUCACAGAGAAAAGUGAAGAGAUCACUCGGACCAAUGCAGAACGAAAAACAAAGAAGAAAAAGAAAUCAGAGGAUGAAAACAAAGAUUCGUUGGAGCCAGCAGAGGCUGGCAGAGGGGGAAACGAGAAUUAA